AUUAAAUUCGAUAUCAUAUAACAAAAAAAGUCAGAAGCUAGGCAAAAACAUGGAGAAAAAUAAAUACACUCUUCAGUAGCUUGAACACACUCAUACAGAUCUUCGUCUUCUUCCUCCAUCCUCUGCAAAUUCCUAAAUUUUCCCUUUUUUCUGUUUAUUGUUUCAUCAUAUUUCGCAUUUAAUUCUCGGAUACUAAUUCCUAUUUCAUUUUUCCAUUUCCUUUUAAAAAUCAUCUAUCGAGAAAGAGAGAGAGUUGGAAAAAGGGGGCAGAGAGAGGGGAAAUGGUGUUAAGAGGAGGCAUUCAAUGCGAUCUACUGUUGGCCAAUGGAAGAAAAAUACCAAUUAUUUUUGUGCUGUUGGUGCUGAUUUUAGUGAGUGAAAACGGAGUGAGAGCGUCGAUCCACGAGUAUAAGAAUGAAGCUUUCAUCCCUCGUUUCAAUUCCUUCUUCUUUCACGGCGGCAGUGAAGGGCUCUAUGCUUCUAAGGUUCUCGACCCUCCCAAAAAUACGCCCACUGAUGAUAAUAGUAAACCCCUCAAUGGAAAAUCCUUUAUCAGGUUUGAAUCUGUCACGUUUAGGAGACCUGCAGAGGUUGCCCUAAAGCAGAAUGAUUAUCAGCAGAGUACUGGAGUGGUAGAGGCCAUUAUAGUUGAGGUUAAAGACAGUGAUAAGAUAGGAAGAGCUUAUAUGAACUCCAACGCAAUAUGUUGCAAUCGUACUCUUGCGAAGGAAGGGGUCUGCAAGGUUGGUGAGGUCAUUAUCCGUAAUUCUCCUGAUAACCCGGAGUGGCCAAAGAGGCUUCAGGUUUCAUUUGAGGGCGUCAAUGAAGAGGCUAAGAUGGACAUCCAAACUGUUGAGAUUAACAGAACUGGUAUGUACUUUCUAUAUUUUGUGGUCUGUGACCCAGAGCUGAAGGGCACAUUAAUUAGUGGAAGAACUGUCUGGAGAAACCCAGAAGGUUAUCUGCCUGGGAAAAUGGCACCAAUGAUGAAACUUUAUGGUUUUAUGUCCCUUGCGUAUCUUAUUCUUGGUCUCUUGUGGUUUCUGCGGUUUGUACAACAGUGGAAAGAUAUAAUACAACUGCAUUACCAAAUCACCGCUGUGAUUGGUCUAGGAAUGUGUGAAAUGGCUCUUUGGUACUUUGAAUAUGCAAACUUUAAUGCCACUGGCAGCAGACCAAUUGGGAUUACACUAUGGGCAGUUACAUUCACAGCUAUAAAGAAAACAGUCUCCCGCCUUCUGCUGCUCGUGGUGUCAAUGGGUUAUGGUGUUAUGAGACCAACUUUAGGAGGAAUAACUGCCAAAGUAACUCUUCUCGGCAUGGUUUAUUUCAUGGCAUCAGAAGCGCUGGAACUUGUUGAACACUUAGGAAAUAUCAAUGAUUUUGCUGGAAAAUCCAGGCUCUUUUUGGUACUACCAGUAGCACUUCUAGAUGCAUGCUUUAUUGUUUGGAUAUUUUCAUCCUUAUCCAAAACAUUGGAGAAGCUCCAGAUACGGAGAAGCAUGGCAAAGCUUGAGCUUUAUAGAAAGUUCACCAAUUCUCUGGCAAUAUCCAUUCUGCUCUCAGUAGCUUGGAUUGGCUACGAGUUGUAUUUCAAUGCCAGUGACCCCCUUAGUGAAUCGUGGCGAAGAGCGUGGAUUAUCCCAGCUUUCUGGAUGUUGCUUGCCUUCAUCUUGUUGGUAGUCAUAUGCAUCCUUUUCGCCCCUUCUAAUAACCCAACCAGGUAUGCACAUGAGACUGGUGAAGACGAAGAAGAAGGCAUAUCACUGACCGGUGCUGGAGUCGUAGUGGGUGGAGAGUUGGCAUCGAAAGUUGAAAGGAAAGAAAGGAAGGCGUCGAUCACAUCGGAUCAUGUUUUCGGUUUAGGGGAAGAUGUUGAGGAAGACAAAAGAGAAUGAUGAUGAUGAUGGCAGCUUAUGUUUAUAUGUGCAUAUAUCUACAAAAAAACAUCCACUCUGUAAACACUACUCAACUAACUGAAUUUAUACAAUCUAAUAAACUUUGCAAACAAAA